AUGUUAGCAAUGUACAGCGGUCAAAUAGGAUCAUUUUCUUCUCGAGACCUUUUACUUUUUUUCAUCAUGUGGGAGUUAGAAUUAAUUCCCGUUUAUCUACUUCUAUCCGUGUGGGGGGGGAAAAAACGUCUUUAUUCAGCUACAAAGUUUAUUUUGUACACUGCGGGAGGAUCCAUUUUUCUAUUAAUAGGAGUUUUGGGUAUCGCUUUAUACGGUUCCAAUGAGCCAAUAUUAAAUUUGGAAACAUUAGCUAAUCAAUCGUAUCCCGCGGAACUGGAAAUACUAUUUUAUAUUGGGUUUCUUAUUGCUUUUGCUGUCAAAUCACCGAUUAUACCCUUCCAUACAUGGUUACCAGACACCCAUGGAGAGGCGCAUUACAGUACUUGUAUGCUUCUAGCCGGAAUCUUAUUAAAAAUGGGAGCAUAUGGGUUGAUUCGGAUCAAUAUGGAACUAUUACCGCACGCUCAUUCGAUAUUUUCUCCCUGGUUGAUGAUAGUAGGUACAAUGCAAAUAAUUUAUGCAGCUUCAACAUCUCCUAGCCAACGGAAUUUAAAAAAAAGAAUAGCUUAUUCCUCCGUAUCUCAUAUGGGUUUUAUAAUUAUAGGGAUUGGGUCGAUAACCGAUACGGGACUCAACGGAGCCAUUUUACAAAUAAUUUCUCAUGGGUUUAUUAGCGCUGCACUUUUUUUCUUGGCAGGAACGAGUUAUGAUAGAAUACGUCUUGGUUAUCUUGACGAAAUGGGCGGAUUGGCUAUCCCAAUUCCAAAGAUAUUCACCAUAUUCAGUAUCUUAUCGAUGGCUUCCCUUGCAUUACCGGGCAUGAGUAGUUUUGUUGCAGAAUUGAUAGUAUUUUUUGGAAUAAUUACCAGCCAAAAAUACUUGUUAAUGCCAAAAAUACUAAUUACUUUUGUAAUGGCAAUUGGAAUGAUAUUAACUCCUAUUUAUUCAUUAUCUAUGUCACGGCAAAUGUUCUAUGGGUACAAGCUAUUUAAUGCUCAAAACUCUUAUUUUUUUGAUUCCGGCCCCCGGGAGUUAUUUGUUUUGAUAUCUAUUCUUCUACCCGUAAUAGGUAUUGGUAUUUAUCCGGAUUUCGUUCUCUCCCUAUCAGUGGACAAGGUCGAAGCUAUUCUAUCUAAUUUUUUUUAUAGAUAG